AUGGCGGACGUUCAAGCCUUAUUUAUCUUCUUUUUUCUCUCAGGUUCAAGUGAAGAAAGUGACAGGCAGAUAUUAAACGGUGAAAUAGACCUCAUUUAUGCAUCUCCAGAAUCUCUGAUAAGUAAUGCAGCCUGGAGGGAAGAUAUGAAGAAAUUAAAUGUACACACCUUAGUAAUCGACGAAUUUCAUACAAUUGCAACAUGGGGUGAAGACCAAACUGGUUUGAAGAAACAAGCAUUUAGGAAGUGGUUUUCCCACAUUGGAGAAUUAAGAUCAUUGUUUCCUAAAGCAAGUGUUGUUGCACUGAGUGCUACUUCCACAGUUAAAAUUCAGAAAAGAGUUGCAAAAGAGUUGUCUUUAGGUCCAAACACAGUGCAAAUAGUUAUGUCUCCAAAUAAAAGCAACAUCAAAUAUUCUGCAUUUAAAAUACCCAGUGACAUUGAAAUAGCCAUGUCCUGGAUGGUGGAUGGAAUCAAGCAAUUGUUAAUUGAAUUCCCCAAGACUUUAUUAUACUGUACUAGUAUUAAUGAUGUAUCAAAACUUUACACUUAUCUGAUAAAAGAGUUGGACAGUUCAAGUCACUCCCAUAUUGAAAUGUUUCACUCUGAAACACCUCUUACCAAAAAAACUGAAAUUGUAAAUUGUUUAAGUGAUAGAAAUGACACAUCAAAUACAAGAGUAAUUAUUUGUACUAGUGCUUUAGGGAUGGGUAUUGAUGUGUCCAACUGCAGCAAUGUAAUUCUGUUUGGAUUACCUGAAAACUUGGUAGAUUUAGUGCAAGAAAUAGGGCGCAUUGGUAGAAGUGGAGAUCCAUCAGUUGCCCUUAUUUUAUUUAAUACUUAUCAUCUACGCAAGCUUAGCAAAACCAUGAAAGAUCUGUGUUCAGAUACUUGUAGAAGAAUGACCAUUAUGAAACACUUUUUGAGUGAAACCGAUUUAAAUGAACUUAAAAAGGAAACUGGUAAACAUACAUGCUGUGAUGUGUGUGACAAAAUUUGUAGUUGUGGCAAUUGUGAAUAUCUCUCUUUGGAAAAACUAUUUGAUCAGAGUUUAAUUUCCAAUUCAGACAAUAGUCAAUCAGUGGAUUCCUCUGAAAGUUUAGAUGAUUAUUUUGAUGACACACUAGACUUGAAUUUGUGUUGA